GACGCGAAAGGGCCCCUUAUCCACCUCUCCUGUGUACUAGGAACACCUCCACUGGUGAUCAGCCUUUGCCUGUGUUUGUCUUGUGGAGAAGCAGCAGCACCUUUUCAGGAGUGGGUUUUUUAUUCAACAAGAAGUCCUGAAGGUUUUGGAUGCGGUGCUUCAGGGAUGUGGGCACUUUGAGAGCAGCAUCACCCACAAACACAAACAACUGCCAUCGAUUUUUCUGUGAAUAGCACAAAAAAACGAGAGAAGAAGAAGAAAAAAAAACAGAGGAACAAUAGCAACACAAAAAAAUCUUGUCUAUUGAACAAUUCACUUUUCCAGUCUGUGGAUACCGCUCUAACUAAGUACAGCACUUUGAGAAUUGUUCACAUCGGACGGACUGAAGAGGGAGGCAAGACCUGUGGACCGGGUUUUCCCUCGCAAGUCUGAAUCGGCUCUCGCUACUUAUCCCGUGAAAAAAAAAGAAAAAACACGCAGAAGCAACAACCCUGAAGGAUAACACGCUUGGACGUUUAUUUCCCUAAUUUCGCAGGAGGCUCUUUUUCCACGCAAAUUGUCCUAAAUGUUUGGGAUUCAGGAAACUAUACCGCGGGGUGGGACGACGAUGAAGGAGGAACCGCUGGGUGGACUGAACUCGGUCCGCUCCUGGAUGCACACAGCUGGGGUGGUGGAUGCAAACACAGCCGCCCAAAGCGGUGUCGGCUUGGCACGGGCACAUUAUGAAAAGCAGCCCCCUUCCAACCUCAGAAAAUCCAAUUUUUUCCAUUUCGUCCUGGCGCUGUAUGACAGACAGGGUCAGCCCGUGGAGAUCGAAAGGACAGCUUUUGUGGACUUUGUGGAGAAGGAAAAAGAACCAACCAGUGAAAAAACUAACAAUGGGAUACAUUACAAACUACAGUUAUUGUACAGCAACGGCGUCAGAACAGAACAGGAUCUUUACAUACGGUUAAUCGAUUCCAUGACGAAGCAGGCCAUAGUUUAUGAGGGUCAAGACAAGAAUCCAGAAAUGUGCAGAGUUCUUCUUACUCAUGAAAUUAUGUGCAGCCGAUGCUGUGACAAGAAAAGCUGUGGAAACAGGAACGAGACGCCCUCAGACCCAGUGAUCAUUGACAGAUUCUUCCUUAAGUUCUUUCUCAAGUGCAAUCAGAACUGUCUGAAGAAUGCAGGGAAUCCACGAGACAUGCGCAGAUUCCAGGUUGUCGUAUCGACGACCGUCAAUGUGGACGGCCAUGUCUUGGCUGUCUCUGACAACAUGUUCGUACACAACAAUUCCAAGCAUGGGCGAAGGGCUCGCAGACUCGACCCUUCAGAAGCAGCCACCCCAUGCAUCAAGGCUAUCAGCCCCAGCGAGGGAUGGACCACUGGAGGAGCCACUGUCAUCAUCAUAGGAGACAACUUCUUUGAUGGCCUACAAGUUGUGUUCGGCACCAUGCUUGUAUGGAGUGAGCUGAUAACUCCCCACGCCAUCCGCGUCCAGACUCCACCUCGGCACAUCCCCGGUGUUGUGGAAGUCACGCUGUCCUACAAGUCCAAGCAGUUCUGCAAAGGUGCCCCUGGGAGAUUUGUCUAUACUGCUCUGAAUGAGCCAACCAUCGACUAUGGUUUCCAGAGGCUGCAGAAGGUCAUCCCCAGACACCCCGGCGAUCCUGAGAGGUUACCAAAGGAGGUGUUACUGAAGAGGGCGGCCGAUCUCGUCGAAGCCCUGUAUGGAAUGCCCCACAAUUCUCAGGAGAUCAUUCUGAAGAGGGCAGCUGACAUCGCCGAGGCCUGUACAGCGUUCCCCCGCAACCACAACCAGAUCCCUCUCUCGCUAAACACAGCCUCCCACGGCAUGAUGGGAGUCAACUCCUUCAGCAGCCAGCUAGCAGUCAAUGUGUCUGAGUCACAAGGGAUGACCAAGGUAUGUGAUUUAGGGUAUAGCCGGAACACCAGCCAGCGUGUCCCCCCGGGCUACAUCUCCAGCAGCACCCACAGCAGUCGAGCUACAACACACGUCAGCAACAGCAUGAAUGGCUACGGCAAUGCCGGUAUGAACCUGGGAGUGCCAAGCUCCCCUGGGUUCCUCAACGGAUCCUCUGCCAACUCCCCAUAUGGAAUUAAACAAAAGAGCGCCUUCGCCCCUGUGGUCCGACCCCAGGCCUCCCCACCCCCCCUCCUGCACCAGCAGCCCAACGGCAACGGACUGCAAGCCAUGUCUGGCCUGGUUGUCCCUCCAAUGUAAAUGCACUUUUGUCAUCUCAAGCACCAGUCUACACACUACCACUUCACAGGACACCCCCCCCCCCACUCCCCCACUUCCCACUCCCCCUUCUCAGCACACUGCAAAACGCUGGUGUAAUGUAUAGUCAGCCGCUUGUUCUGUUU